AUGGAAGGUACACCUAAGAGACACAGGGCGAAUUCGCUUGUUGGGGAGCGAUCGCCGGAGACUCCGUCUCCAUCUGGGGGCCGGGAUGGGGCCAGAGACGAUGAUUCUGGGAUUUCGCGGCCGAGCUUUCUACCUUCGCCCAGGCACCACCACCAGCAGCCAGGGCAUGAGCAUGGGCAGCGCCAUGGGCAUGUGUAUGGGCAUAUCCAGGGCCACGGUCACGGUCACGGUCACGGUCACGGCCACAGCCAUGGUAAUUCCUCUGGUGCUGGGUUUCCCAAGUUGAACCCUCAGUCACCAGGUAAAACGGUGAGCCUUAUGCCACCAGAGACCCCCAAGUCGAAGAACCAGGAGCUGUUUCUGUCGCCAUCGCUGGACUUACAGUCGCCGGUGCACAAGCCGUUCACUGCCAACCAGAAGCCUAUCCGCGAAAUUUCGAACAACCUUAAGUCUCGUCUUAACUAUGCGUAUGUGAAGAUGAUGCACCACCAGAAAAAAGACUCCACGGAUGAGAGUAACGCCACUACUACUACCACGUACACCGUGAAGCCCAGCUCUUACAGCAAUGUGUUUGCCCAGGAUUCAGACACUGAGCCGGAAUCAGUGUCCUUCGAGAGAAAGCCGGACACCAAGACUGGUGCUGGUUCAGGUUCUGGUUCAGGCUCAGGCUCAGGCCAUGGCUCGGCAAACUCACUCUUGGAGCCCGGAAUCGAACUGAUCGAGGAAAACUCAGCACAAGCAGCGUUCUUGAAGGCCCUACAGAGCCCCAAGAAGAAACAACGUUCGCUCUCCUCGACCCAUCCGAAAAUUACACGCACGUCGUCCUCCACUGACGACGGCCCAAACUCUCAGCCAUCCGAAGUAGAGGCCAUCGAAACACUAAUGUCUCUUUCCUCGCCCCACAAGAGAAGGCCCUCCGGAAGCUUUGAGCUCACGCUCCCUGCACCCACGCCUCCUCCACCGUCUAUGUCUGUGCCGAUGUCCGCAUCUGCCUCGGUAGGCACCAUCGAGAGACCCAUAGCCAUUCCUAAUCCAGGAAAGUCAGAGGCUAAACUUGGGCCUGGGUCUAUUAUCUCUACCUCUGAACAGCCAAAGGCUCAGGCUCAAGCCAAGACUCAGGCUCAGGCCAAUGCCCAGGGCCAUGCCCAAGACCAAAGCGAAGUGCUUCUGGGCUCCCCAAAACUCUCCAAACCAGCUAAACUGACGUUGCAUUCGGAGGUGCAAACCGAUGUCGAAACUGACGUGGAAUCCCAAAGUGAUGACUAG